AUGAACUCCUCAGGAAAUUGGGAGUCAGAUAGAGGGCCAUCAACUUCGAUGAAUGCCUUCGCUAGUUCACUGCAACACGAACUACAAACCCAGGAUGCUAUCUCACAAGACAUGAUUGACUCCAUCGUUUCCGUAUCUGCAUCUAGCGUUAACUAUGAAGGGUAUGACGAAGUUGAAGGUGGUACAGAAGAGAACCAAGACGUAGGUAUGGGAACUUCAAACAGCACAACAGAACAACCCAGUUUGGAACAAAUACAAAAAGUAUACUACACUAAAGGGCUCGAAGAAUUGGAUAACUUACAAUUACUUGACCUUUCGCCAUUAGCAAACUGGAAAUUGUCCUCGUUCAAACAGGGUUACGGUUUGAGCCAACUACGAUAUGACUCUCCUGAUAGCUACUGGCAAUCGGAUGGAAGCAAUGGAAACAAUAACAAUAACGCGAUCACUAACAAUCAAUUGAGUAAUCCACAUUCUAUAACGAUCCAGUUUGCGAAGAAGGUAUCUUUGGAAAGAAUAUCGAUCUUCACUAAUUUCUCACUUGAUGAAAGCUACACUCCUUCGAGAAUACGGAUAAUGGCGGGAAGCUCCGAUGGCUGGGAUUUGAGUGAAGUUUGCACGGUGAACUUUUCAAAACCAAUUGGAUGGUCUCACAUCAUAUUCAAUGGCAUUCGUAAUGAUGGGGUGUUAAAAUGCUUCAUGGUGAAAUUGGUUAUUCUCGCAAAUCACCAAGAUGGCAAAGACUCACAUAUUAGGGCUAUUCGUUGUUUUGGAAAAAAAUCUGCCAAUGUUGUUUCGACAGCACCCAAACCAUCUCAAGAAAUACUAAAAGAUUUGAGUCUUGCUAGUGGAAUGACUAGUGCAUCAGGAUUACUGUUGAAUCACAUAAGUAAACAAUAUUAUAGCGACGAUGAAGAUGAAAAUAACGACGAGAGAAUGGAGGAUAAAGUAACCAGCAGGAUCUUAGGAAACGUUAAUGAUAUAAUCGGGUUCAACUCUGCAUUUCAAAGUCUAGAGUUCAAAAGUGUUUCUUCCAUCAGAUAA